ACUGCUUUGAGGAUGAAAACUAAACCGCUUCUCCAUUCUUGUUAAAAAUGCUGAAGUGCUUAGUGUUUGUGUGUCUCCCUUUAGUAUGUGGUAUGAAAUACUCCUGUUAUUAGUGGUGCCUAUUUCUACAAUGCUGCCCAUUUGAUUAACCUCACUCAAUGUUCUUUUUUCUUCUUUCAGCUCAUUCAGGUCUACCCAACCUGGAUCAUGGGAGUGGUAAGAAUGUUGAUAAAAAAGGUAAGUUUCUCCUUCAACUUACAGUAGUGAGAUUCAAAAUGCCAUACCAGAAUAGAUGGUAUGUUCAACUAUAUGUAUGUAAGAUCAGUAAAUUAUCUUAGCCUUGGCGCAUUGCAAUAAUUCUUACUUACUUAGUGCAAUAAUUAUACUUUAUUUCAGUUACUUGUAUCUCAUUUAAAUUGUUUUAAAAACCCACAACAAACAAUAUCAAAAUAGAAAAGGUCAUCAGGAUCCUUCCCAGAGGGAAGCUGGUAGUAGAAUAGCCCUGUGGUGGGGGAAAAGAUAGUGAAGGUCAGUGUUUCUCAACUAGAGGACACCCCCAAAAGAGUAUAUGAAGCUAUUGGGGGGGAGGGGUGUUUCCAAAAACACUGUAAGUACAAAAUUAAAAGUCACAAAAUUUCAAUCCACUUGGAAAUUUAAAAAAAAGAAUUAGGAGAGCUAGGUUUGAAGGGCUGUGGGAUAUUUAUGUUAGCUAAAAGUGGAUGUGGGUUUAAAAAGGUUGAGAAACAUUUGUUCUGGUGGAGGAAAAUAAGGCGGACUGCCUCCCUCCCUCUCUCUCUCACCUGAAGUCCAUCCCACAAGAGACUUAAUGGUAAUAUCACUUGGGGUGAGGGGUGGAGAAGUCCAGCCUCAUAAGGUCCUGAGGUCUUUCUUCACCUUUCUCUUUCCUGGAAACCUCCUUGUAUCCAACACCAAUCUGAGCAGAAAAUAUAGAAUCAUCUGUUCAAAUCUGAUCUAAAGUUUUGAUUAAGGCUUACGGAAAAAUAACUUGUCAAGUAGGGAUUUUCUCUAUGUGCUGGGUUUUACAGCUAUAUAUUGUGACAUUGCUGCUGUUAAUUUGUAGUAUAGGUUUCAAUGUAUUUUAUGGUUAUGUAUUUCUCUCUUUUUUGCUGUAAACCACUCUCUUGAGUGUGUCUGUACAAGAGCAGAAUAUAAGUGAAUUGCUACAAUUCCUACUGCUAAUACUAUUCUGCCCAAGCUUUUGAUAACUGGUAAAGACCUCGGGGUUGGUUAUGUGCUACACACAAAGAUGUACAUUAAAGUUCUGACACAGCAGGGAUUGUUUUACUUUGGGAAAUGUUGAUUUGUGAGGGGGGGGUUUGAAGUAGAGCAGGGGUCAGCAAAGUUUUUCAGCAGGGGGCCGGGUCCACUGUCCCUCAGACCUUGAGGGGGGCUGGACUAUAUUUGGGGGGGGAUGAAUUCCUAUGCCUCAUAAAUAACCCAGACAUGCAUUUUAAAUAAAAUCACACAUUCUACUCGUGUAAAAACACCAGGUAGGCCCCACAAAUAACCCAGAGAUGCAUUUUAAAUAAAAGGACACAUUCCACUCAUGUAAAAACAUGCUGAUUCCCAGACUGUCCACGGGCUGGAUUUAGAAGGUGAUUGGGCCAGAUCUGGUCCCCGGGCCUUAGUUUGCCUACCCAUGAAGUAGAGCAAAUACACAGGGUGUUCUACCUCUCUUCUCUCCCCCCCCCUUUACAAUGUCCAUUGCAACUCACUCCUGAAAGCUGAUUCUCCCCCUCUGCAGUGUCUUUGCCCUUAUGGAAGGGAUGAAGGAAGGCUGGGUAGGGUCAGGAUUGGAGUAGAGAAGCACUAGGACAGAAUACGUUUGAGAAUAUCAUUUCCCCUGCUCCAAAUCCCCCCACUGCCAUUUGGAAUUAAUGGAAUUCACUGCCAGAAGACACUUAGAUAUCUUCCAGAGGUUAUCUUAUCAAUUCAUGGUCUAGUGAUAUUGAUCAGGAUGUCUAUAUGGAACUACCGUGUUCCGCAGGCACUCAAUGCCACAAUGUAAAAACCAGCUGCUGGGCAGCAGAGCAACAGUGCCCGAAUGCAUUUUCCAAUUCAGCACACAGCAUAUUCUAAGGAGUUGUUUGCUUCUUGACUUCUCAUUACAGAUGUGCCUGACAAUUUCGCUACUUGCCCAGGGUCCAAAGCUGUUUUCAGCAUUUGCAGCCAUCCAAACGAAACCAUCAUAGGUGGGAAUGUGAUCCUGGUGUGCUACUACUCAAAGACUGAUUGGCUGCCAAUUAGCUACACACUUUUCAGAAACCAGACCAAGGCUGUAGGCUAUGUAACAACGAACAGGACAGAAGAAAGGGCUGUGUUUAACCUCACAGUCAUGUCGACCAGCGAUCUGGGUGAAUAUAAAUGUAAAGCUCAAAGAUUUAAUGAAACCCAAUACAGCCGUGGACUCAACAUUACAUUAAGAGGUAUGUGUAUUUUCUAAUAUCUAGAGAGUUCUGGUUUUAAGGUGUGAUCUUGAAAAGUGUCAGUUGGGAAUCCUCAUUGUGUUCUCAUCAAUUAUGAGCCUGCCGUGCUGAGAACUUACAGCUUGUAAGAACCCAAGAGCCUGUCAUGACAGGUGACAUUUGCACCUGAAAAGCCAGUGCGCCCAAAUUCAAAAAGAAAGACCUCUGCGCGCAGGGCCAGAGUCUACAUUUGCCAUACAAACAUCCAUGGCUAACGAGCAAACUAAAGGUUAAAAGGAAAAUGCACUUAAAGACAUAAGAAUGGGACACACACACAAAAACAACAACCUGGGACUAAACACCAGCAAAAACCAGGGAUUGCCCAACAGAGCUUUGAGUGGAAUAUGGCUUGUAUAAGAACAGUCGUCCCUACUGACAGGCUUAAGGCUGCACCCAUGGUUAAAAAGCAUUGGCUUAGGCUAACUUCCUUUCUGUGAACGGCACAGAGUUCUGCUUAUGUGGAAAUGGAAGUUUCUUCCCCCUUGCAGCCUCCUCACAAAUCUGUUCCUAGGAAUUGGAGAACUAUCUGUAAUGGUGUGGGGACUGUAGAUGGAAAGUUGCCCGAAUGCCCCCUCUUGCACAAAUUUUAAACAAUCUAGAAUCUAUUUAGUUGCUGUUGUUGUUUCAUUUUACUUAAAAAUGCAUCCCAUUUGGACAGGAACCUCAUCCAUGUUUACCUAACAUCCAUAUGAUUAUAUUUCUCCCAGUGGCAGAAGAGAAAAAGAAUAAAAACUUGGUAGCAUACAUUGUGCCUCCCUUGCUUCUGCUGCUGUUGCUGCUAGCAGUAAGUGCAGCAAUUGCACUGCUGAUUCUUCCUUGGUGUAAAGCAAGUAAGUAUGACUCUGCUUUACCUAUAUGAGGAUCCUUUUUUGUUGUUUUUUAGACUUUAAUUUCUGAUAUCACACUACUGGCUAUCAGUCUAUCUGCCUACAACACAUUUAACAGUCCUGUGCAGGUUUUUCUAUUAGGAAAUGUUUAAAUGUUAUAAUUAAAGUUUAGUUUUCUUUCCUGUUUUGAUUCAGUGACCAAGGUUCCAAAAUUUGUGAUGUGCUCUUGACCCAUUUUUGACCGGAGGCAAUUUUGAACACAUGCCAAAGUGCCCAGUGACCUCACUGCAAGAGCGCAAAAGAUAUGAACUGCACAAAUAAGCUUGAAAUGUUAAGUUCAUUAAUCUUAUUUGAAAGGUUAAAUCAGGGGUAGGCAACCUAAGGCCCAUGGGCUGGAGUUGCUCUCUCAAUCUGGCCUGUGGGCGGUCUGGGAAUCAGCGUGUUUUUACAUGAGUGGAAUGUAUACUUUUAUUUAAAAUGCAUCUCUGGGUUAUUUGUGGGGACUGCCUGGUGUUUUUAGAUGAGUAGAAUGUGUCCUUUUAUUUAAAAUGCAUCUCUGGGUUAUUUGUGGGGCAUAGGAAUUUGUUCUUUUUUUCGUUUCUUUUUUUCAAAAUAUAGUCCGGCCCACCACAUGGUCUGAAGGACAGUGGACCGGCCCGUGGCUGAAAAAGGUUGCUGACCCCUGGGUUAAAUGGUUCCAAAGGGUUUUUCCAAAGGGAACCAAAUGAAUUGCUUUCAGAUACUUCACUUCUUCAAACAAAUCUGUUGUGAUUUGGUCUCUUUAGUGAAGGACUUGCACAUUUAUUCAACCUGGUUUUUAGUCAUUUUGGUGUAUGCCCACAGAAACCCAAAGUUUCUCGUCUAAAAGCCCCACAGCUUCAUAAUGAUUUUUAAGACUGGAAAUUAGAUUAUCGACAAUUACAUAAAAACAUCUGUCUUGAAUAGAUCCUUUAGAUUUCUGUCACUUCGUUUCUGUCAUUUCAUCACGAAAUGAUUUCCUCUUCUUAAGGCACCUCUCUGUAAAUUCUGGCUUGAUGUUCAUUAUAUUGGCAAUAGCAAUGCCACAGAGUAGGCAUUUUGUUUUCUUGAAUUAAGGUUACUUCAGCUAACUAGCUUUUAAUGUUAUUGACAUCAGCGGCAGUAUCUCAAAGCUUAUAGUAGUUUAUGUCUGUAGUCAACUGAAACCAGCAACUUUUACCAGACUGGUGCCAUGAUUAUGCACUUGAAUGAUGUGAGAUAUUCCAAAACACCCCACAGCACAAAAGAUGUCUGUAGAGACAAAUUUAGCUUAUUCAAAGACUCCACAGCAAUGACAAUCUUAUCUAAAGGAGUUGCAAUUAAGCAUACAGAAUCCACCCAUGCCCUCCAAUAUAGGGUUGCCAUGUUUCAAAAAGUGAAAAUCCAGACACAAAUGUUGCUGAGCCUUUUUUUUUUUUAGUUUUGCCCAAACUUUUUUUUUAAGGAAAUUUGCCAAAACCUACACUUCCAAUGUGGGUUGCCAUGCGUCUGGAUUUUACCGCACUGUAUAGUGAUUUCCGUCCAGAGACGGCCGACUCCCAUCUAUGUCUGGGAAAUUCCAGAUGCAUAGCAACCAUACAUGUGUAUCAGAGGAUGUAGAAGAUUUCCAACACACUCUUUCAGAAUGUCCCAUCACUGGGGACUACAACAACAACAAAAAUAAAUAAAUCAGAAAGUUGCUGCACUUUGCCCAAAAAGGCAUUGCUUCCUGGCAACACUCAGCACUCCACACAAGCUAAACUUACAACAAGCACAUGAUUUUUUUAAAAAGUUGCAGCAUCAAAUGCAUUUAAAUGCAUUUAAAGGCAGGUGUUAGUCAAGGGUGUUAGUUUCACCUGUCUAGGUGGAAAGUGUUUUUGCAAAGCAUAGCAUAAUAUAUGAUAUAUAUUCAUUUUUUAUUUAACGUAUCUUCUAACAACAUAAAUAACGGCUUGGAUCUCGAUGUUCUGAGAGACCAUAUUCUCCCAUACAAAUGUGCCUAGGGUUUGAGAUCUAGGUAAGAGGCCUUUCUCUUGGACCCAUCACCCUCCGAGACAUGUUGGCGAGGAUACAAGAGAGGGCUUUCUCAGCGUGUUGCUGAGGUAUUGGGGGAGGGGAUGUUAUUGGGUUGUUGUUUUUAUUUUGAUUAUAUUUUUUGUGGUUUUAUAUUCUGGUUUUGUUCUGUGAACCGCCCUGAGACCUCUGGGUAUAAAUUCAAUCACAUCAAAUCAAAUCAAAUCAAAUCAACUCCCUUCCAAGGGAGGCUAGGCUGAACGCUUCCCUGGCAAGACAAACAUAUUUCUGUCUACAAAAUUCAUUCCGCUCCUAAACCUUCUGCGAGUCAUGUACCCUAGCACAUGGCACACACAAAUAUUAACUUAAGGUUUGAGGGAACAAGCGCUUCGCAUUUGGUUUUACACUCACAAAGAUGAAAAGUAAAAAAAACCCAUGCAGAUUUAUUCUGGUGUGCUGACUGUACUGGCAAACUAAUUCACAACGAAGCAUUUGAUAAUGAGAGAGCAAUCUUUCCUUACCUUGAGUAGCGCUGGUGUGGUGACAUCUUUGUGCUUCGGCAGAAUCCUUAUCAGCUUUUCCUCCUGAUAAAAGUGCUUGAGCAUCUGACAGCCAGCUUUCACAAUGUCACUCAGGCCCACACGGCGAUUUUGAAACCAAGCCUAGGUUGAAAUAACUUCCCUGACCUUUCCUCACUUUUCUUUCGCCAAAGAUCGCAUCUGCACUCCACGUUGUUAACUUCGCCUUGAAAUGUGUUCUAGGCCAAACAAGAGGCGGCGACAUGCAUUCUCAUGCAAUAAGCUUCUCUUUGCCACUGUGGCAAUGUGAACUGGGGCCUAGUCAUUCUGGUCUCCAUACACCUUAAUCCUAUUCAUAAAGGCCUAUAGAAAACCCGGGGUUUAGCAACCUCAUAGCCACCUCUCUGGUCCACCGAGCUGCCAAAAUUCAUCUCGUAAAGCAUCGCUUGGUUUUUCCGUCUAGGCCCGGGAUUUUACCCCUGUUCCUUACUUAGAACAGACCCGCUGAAGUUAUAGACACUACUAACUUCGGCUGAUUCAUUUCAGUUGGUCUUCUCUGACUAGAAUGUCACCAGUCAAGAGUAGACAACAUGGUGUUAGUUGGGCCAAUGGCCCGACUAGGGAUGAGGCAGUUUCCUAUGUUCCUAUGGGUGUGUCCUGGAGAAAGCCUUGAGACUUGUAAAGAUAAGCGUCAAGGGCUGCAUUGGCACCCAAGGCCUGAGGUCCCUCACCCAUGUAUGUAAGACUGGUAUAGUGGUACCUUGGGUUAAGUACUUAAUUCGUUCCGGAGGUCCGUUCUUAACCUGAAACUGUUCUUAACCUGAAGCACCACUUUAGCUAAUGGAGCCGCCUGCUGCUGCUGCACCGCCGGAGCACGAUUUCUGUUCUCAUCCUGAAGCACUAUUUUUGGGUUAGCGGAGUCUGUAACCUGAAGCGUAUGUAACCUGAAGCGUAUGUAACCCGAGGUACCACUGUAUAGCACACUUGUUUGAUUGCUAAGUUGAAAUGGUUCUGGUAUUUAGAGCAAGGGCAGGGAACCUUUUGUUGUAGGCCUCAUCCCUUGAUCAGGGUGGCAUACUGGCAGUGGGCAGGGCCUCUGAAGAUUGACCUUACAAUUAACUCUUACUGCCACCCACUUUCCCUCUCUCUGCAUCUCCCUUUCCACCACCCAUCUUUCUCCUCCUUGUAGUAGGGGAGCGACAACCUUGGCAAGAACAUGCAACCUUCAGAGGGCUUUCUCCCACUUCAUCCUUCAAUUGCUCAGUCUGUUUCAGCCCAUGCACAUUAUUUUGUCCAUGUCUCUCUGGGCUCCCCCAACUGGAUUAAAUUUGACCCAAAUUUGUCACCCGUGACCUAGAGCCAAGAGAAGAGGAUGCACUUCACAGGGGAAAGCAAGGCCUUGCUUAUCAGAAACACAUUUUAACCCUAUCACUGUAUUUUGCUUUUAUUUCACAGGAAAACAGAGUAGAGGCAGCAAACCAGCUGUUGUCUUUUCAGCCCGUCGCCCAAGCAGUGACAACGGUGAUGUUUAUGAUACUGGUAAAGACCGAGCAAUUCCAUACACUCCUAACAUUUUCCCGGUGAAAAUAGGGACAUCCCAUUCCGUAAUGAUAAUUUUACUAUUUAUACCCCACACAUCUGACUGGGUUGACCCAGCCACUCUGGAAAGCAAGGCAAAAUAUUCUAUUGAAAGAAACAAGAUUUGGUUCUAGGAAUUCUGGCUCUAUAUGGCAAGGGGAAUGAAUAUUUUACAAAUCCUUUGUUGUAACAUCGCCACAGGGGGUAGGGGGGUGGAAACACACACAACAAGUCUUUUAGGCACAUGUUAUAAAGGACAUUAUAGCUCAUACAGAAGCAGCACAUGAUAUACUGCCUUGAGACCCUGCAGUGUGUAGAAUGACAUGUGCCAAUGGGCCAAACUGUAUAGCCAGUUGACUAUCAGGAGCUUGUGCAAAGAGCUUUGAAAGCUGGCUGAGAAGAAAGAAUAGAAAACAGGACUGAAAAGAGUUGGAGUAGGCCUAAUGAUGAAAUCAUAAGGCUCAAGAACAGGAGAGACUGAAGAUUUAUGUAGACUUGUAUCUCCCUGUGUUCCAAAGCCUCAAGGUAGAUAUUUAAUAAAUAAUAAUAAUAAUAAUAAUAAUAACAUUUAUUAUUAUUAUUAUUUUUUUUUUAUUAUUAUUAUUAUUUAUACCCCGCCCUCCCCAGCCAAGACCGGGCUCAGGGCGGCUAACAACCAAUAAUAAAAACAUGUUGAUUAAAAUACAAUUUAAAAAACAAGAUUAAAAUACAACAUUAAAACAUUAGGAUGCAGGUCUUCACAGGAGGAGAAAGGAAAAAGAAAGGUGGGGGAGGGAAUCAAACUGAUUCUAAGCCAAAGGCCAGGUGGAACAACUCUGUCUUACAGGCUCUGCGGAAAGAAAUCAGAUCCUGCAGGGCUCUGGUCUCAUGAGACAGAGCGUUCCACCAGGCCGAAGCCAGUGUUGAGAAGGCCCUGGCUCUGGUUGAGGAUAAUCUAACUUACUUAGGACCCGGGACCUCUAGGCUGUUGCUAUUUAUGGACCUUAAGGGGCAUACCAGGAGAGGCGGUCCCCAAUAUGAGGGGCAUUCAUGGCAACUACAGGUACCUUUUCUCAUAUACAUGGAACAUAUUCCUGAAAAGAGCUAAGAAUAAGGAACUCUUUCAUGUGAAGGAGUAAAUGCAAAGAACCAACAAACCCAAACUCUAAUAACUCUUUCCUGAAAAGGGAUAAAUAGAAAAGCAAUUUUAGCACUUCCAGAAGUACAAAAUAUGCCCAGUUUCAUUCCUAUCAAUCAUUAAAACCUCAUCCUGGGAACCAUACAAUUGAGAAUUAUAUUUAGUAUUUCCCUGUAUCUUAACAGAGAUUUAAAUUCAGUUUUGUUAAAUAGUCCCAUUUCGGACAUCACAUUCCUGACCUUUCAAGACCAUGGAUUUAAGGAUGAAGAACAUAAUUUCUGAUUUGAGGCAGAACAUAUAAAAAAUUGAACUGUUUUUGCAGACCAGAAAUGCGAGUUAACUCAUCUUUUCACUUAUUCUUUCUUGCAUUCUAUUCAGUAUGUGAAGAAAAUGAGUAUUGCAAUGUGAAACUUAAAACCAAGAAGGAAGACAACAGAAAUGGUAAAGUCUAUCUUGAAUUCCCUAAAUAAAGCAAUGCUAGGUUGAAUACAGGUUUGCCCUCCUGAGUUGGACAAUCCUACUAAAAGCAAACUAUAUUAGAUUAUGUGCACUAGUGAAUUAAUACUAAACAAAGAAAGAAGUGAAAAAGAACUACCAGCAUGCAGCUCAUGCGCAUUAUGAUUAAAAAUAAUGUCCAAACUCAAUCAAUAUGAGAAAAUUUUCAAAACUCCACGAACUUACAUUUCAAAAACAAAAAAAAUUAAAAGGACAAAACAUUUAGUUUUGUUUGCAACCUUUAAGAAAUGAUGAUAUAUUGAAACAGAAAUAGCCCCCACCAUGCAAUAUUAGUGGUACUGAAAAUAUUUAUUUAGCUUCAUUUCAGUUUUGAAACCAGUUUUAUGAUUCAUUACUGCUUACAACCAUGUUAGUGAGCACAGCAAUAUAUAUAUGAUUUUUUGGAAUUACCCCAAAAUACCUUACCUCGAAGCAGUAAUAGAGAACCUAUGCCCUCUAGAUGUUGCUGGACUAACUACCACCACCCCUGAUUGCUAGCAAUGCUGGCUGUGGCUAAUGAGAUUUGUAGUUCAACAUCUGGAGGGCCACAGGUUCCCCAUCUCUGUCCUAAAUAAGCAGUCUAAGGCUGCAGUCUUAUGCUGUGAAUAUCCUAUUUAGCUCAAUGGAAUUUACUUCCUAGGAGAGAAAGAAUUGAACCGAGAUAUUUUUUAAUUAACAUAGUACAGAACUCCAGAUUUGUACCCAAUGCAUCCUUUGCUACUUUAUGGUGAGUUCUCUGCUUGUUACAAACAGGCUGGUCUACAGUGACAUUGAGGAACAUUCAUAUUCUUGCAUGUCAUGUUUGUUUGUGGAGAGCUUUACUUUAUAGUAAAGUAGUUAUAGUUAUAAUUCAUGGAUUGCCAUCUGAUUUUAUUCUGAUUUUAAGCUGUAUUUCAACUGAUGGUUUGAUCUUAUGUUUUAAUGUAUUAGAUAUUUGAUGUUAGCCACCCUGAGCCCGGUCUUGGCCAGCGAGGGCGGGAUAUACGUAAAUAAAAGUUGUUGUUGUUGUUGUUGUUGUAGUAGUAGUAGUAACACAGCUGUUAUCUUGUGAAGGAUUGCAGCCUUAUUAUAAUGACUGCUGCAAACUGGUAUCUCACAAGAUGCUGUGCUCUGUUUACAACGAGUUCUUAAGGAAUUCUGGCCCUACUGAAAAAGAAACAUUUUACAUAGAAGAAAUGGAGGAUUUAUAAAUAGGCAUUGUCCCCACAAAUAGGUAGGAGAAAAUUCACAUAAAAAAUGUAUUUUAGACACAUAUUACAAAUACCUUUCAGCUCAUAUUAUAGCAAAAAUGUCUUUUAAAAAUGCAAACACUUGAAGGUACAAGUUGCUAUCCACAACUGACACCAAAAUUAGCAGAGAAUGCACAUGGCAAGCACUAUUGGAUUGCACCCUACAUUUUUCAAGUUUAGAUGGGAAGACAUGGAAGGUCACCCACUGAAACCUGGAACUAUGCUGCUUGCCUGAAUUACAUGAAUGUGAUGCUACCUGUAAUAGUUAUGGAAUGGCAGGAUAUACCAACAUGGAAACUGAUAUGACUAAGGUUAUAUACACAUUAUGCCUUUAAAGCAUAUUCAAAGCACUUGCUCCCUCAAACAGUUCUGAGCACUGCAAUUUGUUAAGGGUUGCUGGGAAUUGAAACACUGGGAGAGGUAAACUACAGUUCCCAGAAUUACUUGAUGUAAAUAUUGUGCUUCAAAUAUAUAGUGUGUACGCAGCCUUUUUUUAAAAAGUUAAGUUCAUUUCUUAUUUAUUCUAGUGAUCCUUGGUGGGGAUAGUACUGUAGACUAUGCAGAAGUUGUCAUCCGAAGAUAAAAAGGUACAGUUCCUUCCUCACUAUUCACAAGCAACUGAGUUUUUUUCAGAUUCUCCGAUUAUGUCCAUUUUGAUCAUGUUUCUGCCUGUAGUGGGUAGGCACAAAUCUUUAAUUUACUUACUAUUUGUCAUGUGUUAAAGAUAGUACCCUCUUUUUCUCUUAAAUGCUAGAUAGCCAAUUCAGCAAUGUAAUGUCCAAAGUUUGGUUCAGACAAAAUGUAAUGUCCAAAGUUUGGUUCAGACAAAAGCAAGACUUGGUCUCAUUUUGUCAUCGUUGUUGUCCCCAACACUCUACUACUUCAUUCUAUAUUACAGACCACCAGAACCAAGCUAUGAUUUAUAAAUGUGGUUUGGAGGACAUGCACAAACCAUAAUUUGGAUGCAAAAGAGAGGGAUUCAGAACACAUAAAGAGAGGAGGAAGCUUAUAAAACUGAAGCUCGAGUAUUAUAUCCAAAAAUACCAGUAGUUUCUAGUGAUUUGCAACGCCUUGGGGGGGAAAUAUGGGGUGUAGGAAGGAACCACAAACCAAAAGGCAUACUACUCAGAGUGUAGAAACAGCAGCGAAACCUUCAUUUUUUUCAAUAAUCCUUUCAUAUAAUAUAUAUAUCGCACCCAUUUAUUUUUUUUGCAGUCACUGCCUUACUCCCCACCACUCCACCUAAUCUCUUAAGAACUGUUUUUCAUAUAUUGAUUAGAUUACCCAACCAGUAGGAAGCUGCCAAUUGUUCCUCUAAACCUGACUGUUUCCCAGUAGCUUUAGAAUAUUCUUCAACAAAGCCCAUGUCCGUUUGUUUGUCUUUACAGGACUCUAGUUUGAUACCAGUUGUCUCAAGAUACUACAGCCAAGAUGACACAGCAGAUCUAGAACCUUUCCUUUACCUUUUGACAAGUUCAAUAUUACCUGCUUGCCCCUGCUACGUGUCUCCAACCUGAUGUUCAGCAUUUAUUCAAACUGACAUAUCAGCAAUCAAGGAAGUGGAAAACCACCACCUCACUUCAUUGGUUCCAAGUCUCUCCCCCCCAUUCAAUUACAAUGGAGAAUGAUUUUGCAUAUGAACCUGGG